AAUAGUGUAGCGUAUUGGGCUUUUGUUGCAACUUGAAAUCACACGCGUGGGAGGGUUUGCCAAGAAAGCGCGAGUCAGUCAGAGCUGAGCUGAAGUGAGAGAUAAUCAUCGGAGAUGGCGUCGUCGAAGGGAGGCGGAGGCGGAGGAGGAGGGAUUCCACUGGAGAGGAUGAGUGUUGAGCAGCUGAGGGCGUUGAAGGAACAGGCGGAUCUCGAAGUUAACCUCCUUCAGGACUCCCUCACCAACAUCCGCACUGCCACCACUCGCCUCGAGAUCGCUUCCUCCGCUCUCAACGACCUCUCCCUCCGCCCUCACGCCUCCAAGAUGCUCGUCCCCCUCACCGCCUCCCUUUACGUUCCCGGAACCCUCGACGAUUCUCAGAAAGUCCUCGUCGACGUCGGCACCGGUUACUUCAUCGAGAAAACGAUGGCUGAAGGAAAAGAUUACUGUGAGCGCAAAAUCAACCUACUGAAGUCAAACUUCGAUCAACUUGUUGAGGUUGCAUCCAAAAAGAGAAAUGUUGCAGACGAAAUGGCGGUUAUUUUACAGGCAAAGAUGAAGCAAUUAGCAUCUACAUCAUCCUAAAGUAGUAGAUACCUCCAAAAUUUAUCUUGGAAAGAUUGGAAUUCGGAACUGUGUUUGGAAAAUCAAGUCAAACGAUUACUAUUAGAAUUUGGAAUUUUGAGAGUAUUGAUGGAUUUAGCAAUGGUUUUUUAUUAAGCGCUUUGGUUAGGAAAUGACUCUGCUCUGUUAUCAAUUUAUCAUUCCGUCAUUCUUCAGUCUUGUAGUAACAUAAAAUUGUGGGCAAUUUACCUAUUUAAAAUAAAUGGAGAAAAAGUUUACUCAAUUACAACAAUUGAGAAUUAGUUACUUGCAUGUCCUGAUUCAUUUUUAUAUAAUCCGUGGUAACCUUCCACGUUUUACAACUAACACAUAAACCGUGGUAAGCUCCAAUAGUUUAUGAAAGAAGCAUCAUAAACAUAAACCGUGAUAACCUUCUACAGAUUAUGAAGUGACCAUUGGGAGGCGUAAACCGUGGUAACCUCCCACGGUUUAUGAAGAGAUCAGUUUGGGUAUAAAUAGUGAUAACCUUCCACGGAUUUUGAAUAGCUAUAUAUAUAUAUAUCGACCAACAGUGGUAACCUUCCAUGGAUUUUGAGUACCUAUAUAUACAUCGACUAAAAAGGUUAGUUAUACUAUCUUGGUCAAUAUUUUUGCAUUGGAUGCUCGAUAUGUGUCAAAGUUCUGUGCAUGUUGUAUAUCUUCCUUAGUUAUACUAUCUUCACUUAAAACAAUAUAGAACUACAUGUUUGUCGUAUCUUUAGGAAUAUCAAAUAAAAGUAAAUAAGAGGAUAAUGUGACCAAGAAGUGAUUGGUAUUUGAAGAAUCAGACUAUUACUAUCAAAAGAUGGGAGCUAUUAGUACGUUUAUUAUAUUGAUUUGUUUGUCUAUUAUUAUUAUUAUUAUUAGAG